AUGGAUGACGAGAGAAGAAUUCAGCUACAUGAGCUGAAUACUAAAGCCUGGAAUGGUGAGCAAGUGUUCCCGCUUAAAAGUCAAAAAUUGGAUUCCAGUAUCAAAAGGAAUACUGGUUUUAUUAAAAGACUUAAGCAAGGAAUAAACAAAGAGUCGAAACAAUCUUUACUUAAGGAUUUGAGUGAAGUGUCACUAGAGAAAUAUCUAUCAGAGAUUACCAACACUGCGGCAGAGGGAUUAUCUAAUGUGGGUAACAAGAACGAAGACGUCAUUGCAGCCGUUGAAGUGGUCAGCGGUCUACAUCAGAGAUUCAAUGCUAGAUUUACGUGCGGCGUAUUUGAGCUGUACCUAAAUAACUUCACAACUUCGGCAGAUGAUUCCACAGUGGAUAAAGAAGGUCUAGCGAAAUCUACGAAACUUAAGGGCAAUUUACGUGUAUUAACCGAACUGUAUCUUGUGGGUAUAUUUACCAGCUUGGACAAAGUGAGCUCGAAGGAAGCUUUGCCAUCUUUCUUGCAAAGAAGAGUCAAUAAAAAGGAACCUCUUCUGCUGCCCAUUCUGAAAGAAACUCUAAACUACAAAUUCAAGCUCGGUUUUUCCACGGCCAUCGCUACUUCAUUUGUGAAACGGUUUCCCUUCUUUUUUGACAACGAAGACACAUCUCUAAACGUUUGCAUUUUCGAUAAUGAUUUGAAAGGAUCCUUACAAGCACUUUUCAAGGUUUUUACCGAGGCAGUGUUUGCCAGAGCCCUUGAAUUAUACUCGAAAGUCAAAAAGCUGUACAAAGAGCAUCAAAAAUGCCAAUUUAGAACAGGGAAGUCGACUGAUGAAUACAUUGAGGAGUACAAUUUUUGUUUGCCAAUUUAUGAGAGCUUUAAAACCGCGUCCGAGAAUUUGGCUGAAUUCUUUCAACUGAAUUUACCAGCUUUUGGCACGGAAUCUGACGCUCGAAAUGAGGAAACGUCGUCAUAUUCGCCCGUGAUAACUAAUACGAUGGCUUUGCCUGGGCAAAGGGUAUGGGAAAACGAAGAGACCAGAAAAUUUUAUGAAAUCCUACCAAAUAUCGAUGAUGUUUAUACUGAGUCCCUUAGAAAUACUACCGAAGCAAACGGAGAUGCUAUCAAUAGGUUUUUCGCAAGUCUGGAAGGAGCAGAGACUAAGGCGAUGAUAGAUUCGCUCUCCGUGCAGUACUGGGCUACUAAUCUAGACAACAAGGCCACCAGGAAGAGGUUAUUGAAAUUUCUCAUAGAGACACAAGAUUGGAGUAAAAUCAGAAUUUUUGCGAGGUACCUUGCAACAAAUGCCAAAUAUCUACCAGAGGUCAUUGAGGAAUUUAUCACGUAUCUUGAUCAUGGAUUCCGCAGUCAGCUACAUUCUAAUAGGAUCAACGUCAAGAAUAUUAUUUUCUUCAGUGAAAUGGUCAAAUUUAUGCUGCUCCCAACCUACAUGAUUUUUCACAAAAUAAGAACCUUGAUCAUCAACCUUCAAGUUCCCAACAAUAUUGAAAUUUUAACAGUUUUCUUCGAACAUCUGGGCAUUUUUCUAAUCAAUAAACCAGAGUAUAAGCAACAUAUGGAAAAAAUGGUGGAACUUAUAAAAGAGAAUAAGAAAGAUCGACAAUUGAAUAUCAAUUUAAAAGGAGCAUUAGAUAACCUGAUCAACCUAGUCUAUCCCCCUUCGAUUAGAUCGCUGAAUGCUGAUGCCAAGAUCCUUACUUCAGAACAGAAAUUUUACCGUGUGCUCAUCAGAAGGGAACUUGGUAAUUUUGAACACAAGCAUGUAAUAAAGCUGCUCCGGAAGGCCAAUUGGAAGGAUCCAAAUGUGUACAAUAUGCUAUGCGAACUCCUGACAAAACCUGAAGAAAUCAGCUACCAAAAUAUUCCAUUGAUGGCUCGGGUCGUGAAAGAGCUUUAUGCAUACCAAAGAAAUUUUGUCAUUAAAUGCAUAGAUGAGGUUAUAGAGAACAUAGACCGUGGUUUGGAAAUCAGUGACUACAGCAAAAACAUGCAAAGAAUUUCAGAAGUACGAUACUUGACCGAACUCUACAACUGUGAGCUCAUUAAGCCGGUUGUAUUAAUCGACUCGCUGUUUAAAAUUAUGAGUUUCGGCCAUGCUAGAGUUGGUACGAACCUCUUCUCACCCAGUGAUAUCGACAGGUCGGAUGACUAUUUUAGAAUCCAACUCAUAUCGACAGUUCUUUUACACCCUACGAAGACAAGCCCUACUUUUCGGAAUAAGACGAAACUUUUUUUGAUGUUCUUUGAUUAUUACAUAUCCACCAAGGAUCAACCUAUACCGCAGGAAGUUAACUUUAAACUCGAUGCUAUUUUUGAGAAGUUUAUGCCUGAUGGUGGAAUAAAUAGAUCUGCCAGUACCCAAGAAAGUGCAAUGAGGCUCUUUGAUGCGUUGAAGACUCAGAGCGCAGGUCACCAGGGAGGAAAAAGCGAGUUUGCCCUUCCUCGAGAAAGCAGUAUUAACCUGUCUGAAGUGGAAUAUGAGAGCGCAAAUGAAGAAGAUGAAGUUGAGUUUGAUAAAGAUGAUGUAGGAAGCGAUAUCUCUGGCCUGAUUGACGAUGAAGAAGAUGAACAGGAAGACCAACAUGAUCAUGAUCAGGAUGAAAGUGAUUCCGAUAGCGAUGGUGACGAUGAAGAAGAUAGUGAAGAGGAAUAUAGUGAAGAAGAUGAUAUUUACAGGGAUAUUGAUGCCGAUCGUGAUAUUGAAAAGAAGCGAAUGUACGAAGAAUUUCAGCGGAAGAUGAGGCAAGAUGACGAACGUAAGAUCGAAGCAGAAAUGGAAAGACAAUUUCAGCAGAUCUUACUGGAAUCGGCUGAUUCCCGGAAAAACGAGAAAGUAACUGGGGGGAAGAUACCAAUCCUAUCAUCGAAAAACGAGUCAGAUAAACCGGAACUGCUACGACCAGCAUCUUCUCGCUCCAGAGAACAGUCGAACAAAAUUGCAUUCACAUUUCUCAGUAGAUCAGGUAAAAAGACCCAGUCGCGUGUGCUGGGAUUGCCCUCCAACGUUGAAUUCGUUUCUGGCGUGCUUGAGGAGGAGGAAAGGCUAAAGAAUGAACGCGAAAAGAUCAAGAAGAUUGUGCUACAAAGGACGUUUGAUUAG